CCGACAUUUUAAUCUUUCUUUUAGUCGUUGCUCUUUCUUUGGCCUUCAAGUUUAAUAAUUCUCUGCUCAUCUUUAAGCUAAAACAGUUAGAAAACAAAAAUAACAACAAAAAAAAAAUAAAUAAAGUUUGCAAUGUUUAGAAAAUUGUGUGUUCUGUUGCUGAUGCUUGGGAUGGCGAUCAUAAUAAAAUCUGAAACGAAAAUCGAGGUGGAUGAGAAUGGAGAUGAAUACGAAGUGAAACGUUUUCAUAUUGAAGGUCGCGCAGUGGAUGACGGCCGUUCCCAGUGUGUAAUUACAAGACGUAAACGUACAACGCCUACUCAGCCGAUAGAAGAUGAACCCAGGCAGCAGCAAGUUUUGUUUUAUUAUGCCUCUGAACCAAUUGCCGAAGAAAAUCAUCCCAAUGAUAAAGAUAUUCCGUUUCAUAGUUUGAAAAAUCAAACAAAUGAAUUAACAUUGGCUGCUGUAUUAAAUAACGAUGAUAACGGUUAUCAGGGAAACGGUGAGACCAGCAACAAAGAAGGCAUUAAGGAACCUGGAACUGAGUCGCAACAAUUUUUCCAGCAAUUACCGCAGUACUCUUCAAUCAAUAAUGGCUUAAUAGUUGUGCACUCAUAUGAGCCGCAAAAGUUUCAACAGCAGCCUCAGAAAGUGUUUGCAUUAGUACCGCUACCCUAUGGCAGCCUUGAAGAAGCGAGCGACGAAUUUAGUUCUUCCGGUAUUUGGUCAAUUGAUGACGACGACGACGGCGCUGACGGUGAUGAUGAUUGGGAAGAUAUUCCCGAUGAUUUGGUAAAUAGUAAUAAUAAAAAUAAUAAACGUCGAAAUAAAACGAAAAAUAAAAAGAAGACCAAUAAGAAGACUAGCGGCAAUAAGAAUAGACGUAAAAAUGAUAAUAAAAUAAAAAGUCGUGUAUCUACGACGACGAUUAAGCCAACAAAUCAUAAAAAAAGUAAUCGAAGAGGUGUAAAAGUUCCGAAUAGAAGAAAAGGAUCAACAUUUCAGAAGAAUCGAAGACAUCAAUUUGCCGGUAUCGAUGAAUAUGACGAUAAGCCUUCGUAUGGCGUGACCACGACUCAAACUGAUUAUGAUCAGGAGCCCGAUCUUAAUUGCAUUAUUAUACGUAAAGAGUUUACAACAACAACUACAACACCCCGUCCAUUUUGGAAUAUAUUUGGUCGUGAUGCGAAUGGAACGUCUCGAUCCUCAGGACAAUUCGGCAAUCGAAAAAGAUUGAAUUUAAGAUUUGUAGCUUAAGUACGAGAAGAAAUU